ACACGGCAUCCCAAGCACUCCAGCCCAACCCAAACUCUCUCUCUCUCCUUGGCAGAUAAAGACUCAACUCAGGCCCCUUAUCUCCUUCUCUCUCACCGAUUGCUCCUCUGUCAUGGCUCAAUCAGCAAAUGUCAUCUAGGCACCUUUCUCUCUCUCUCUCUCUUCAUAUCUUUCCCUCUACUUAUAUGUUUUUCAACUCUCUUACAUGCCUCUCUCUAUCUCUGCCCUCUUCUGCGAAGCAACAGCCGCAUCUAUUCUCAACGCCACCGCCAACGACAGCCAUAACCACGGCCAACGACAGCCAGUGUAGCUGUUCAGGAGUCAGAAGAAGCUCAGAGAUUGAUCAUCAUCCUCCCAUAGGUCCCACCAAUACCGUCGAAUUCAUUCCCAUCAAUACCCUUGAAUUCCAGUUUGUUCCCAGCAGUACCAUUUUUUUGGAAGCAGUGUCCUACUUUUACAUUUUAACUCAUGGGCAGAGAGCAUAAAGUAAUAGAGAAGUAAUUUUGAUUCAUCACAAAGCUGCGAUGGUUUUAACCUUCCAAGGUGUGUGCAUGUAUUAGUGUCUACGAUUUGUUUGUAUGUUUAGCUACUAGUUGUUCCAUACAACGCAAUGGUGCCUCCUUACUCCCUAAGACACCAAUGCCAUCCAACCCAAACUCUGGUUAUUAGUUUUUCUUUGUGGCUCAAUAACAGUGGUUAUUAGCUAGGUAAAUUUUUUCAUUUUUCUGCAUGUGCAAGUGAUUGUGGUGAUUAGCUAAACUUCAUUCUUGGCAUACGACAUUUAUUGAAAUAAUGCUACAGCAAUACCAAUUGAAACUUUUUUUUUCUCUUUGUUUGUUUAGAUAAAUUUUUAUUUCAUUCUUCUUUC